CGCAAUCCAUCGUGUGGCGAGGUUGUGUGCUCAAAAACCCUCCUAACUGCCAACUCCUGACCAACAGAAAAAAGUACAAAUAAGUAAAUAGUGACCAAGUUACUGCGGAUCGAGGAAGUUAUUGCCUUGGGCCCCCGCCCCACGACGAUGGUGUGUUAAACAUUUCUGUGUGCUCGUGUUUCUCUGUCGAUCUCUAUUUUUGAAUACUCUUAACAAGACUGUUCUUUUAAUUAUAAAAUAAUAUGUACAUAUAUUCAUCCAGUUUCAGUUUAAAAAAAAUUCUCACAUCGACUAGUUGUGCGUGCAGGCAAAAAAGACAGAGCAUCGCGAGCAGCGAAAGAGAGCGGAGAACAUCGCCUCGCCGUCGGAACUGAACUGAGCUAAACUGAGCUGAAAAACUGAACUGAGCGUCGUGUGUUGCGCAGGCAAUCUUAAUUAAUUUAUUUACGUCUAUAUUGAUUUUUUAAAGUAACAGCCACAGCCACAGUUAGCCAUAAUAGCCAGCUAGAAAGCAAAGGCAGGCGGAAAGCGAGGCGGAGCAAAGAGCGCGCGCUUUAAUAGGUAUAAAAUUUAUAAAAAUACACACUAAAAUCAAACCUGAGGCGCGUCUAAAUAUUUCGAGGUUGGAGGUGAAUCUGGAGGAGGAAUGGAGCACCUGACGCACUUGUAUCCGCCACAACUGCCAAAGGGGCGUGGCCGGCCUCGGGCCACAUACGCCCAGACGGGCGAAUUCGAUCUGGGUCUGAUCCGGGAAUACCGAUCGCACCCAGUGCUGUACGAUCGGACCAACAAGCGGUUCAAGGACAAGCUGUAUGUGGCCCAAAUAUGGGAACAAAUGGCCCACAAGCUGGGCUACGAUGCCACCAGUUUAAGGGAGCGUAUGACUACGCUGAGGAAUCGCUAUAACAUUGAAAAGCGACGCGUCGAAAACGGUCUUUCCACACAGGCUUCCCAGUGGCCACUCUUCGAGAGCCUCCAGUUCCUGGGGGAUCACAUUCGGCCCAGACGCAGCUUUAAGAACAUGAGCAUGAAGGAGGAGGAUGAGGAGCACUACGAGGUAGACGACUGCCAGAGCGACAGCAAUGGGCAUAUGGCGAGCGUGAAGGACGAACUGGAGGAUGACUGCACGAUCUUCGAUUGCGAGCAGGCGCUGCCAGUGACCACAGUGCUGGGGAUUCCCCUGAACACCUCUGACGAAGCCAACAAGAGCCAGCGCUCCAUGAACGGCGACAUGGCCAAUGGCAAGGGCUACAAUCACUUUGCGGAAAGCUAUCAUCGACGACAACAACAGAAUCAACCGGAGUACAUCAUCAGUAGUCCGAUGAUCAACCAUCCCAACAAGAGCAUGAAGCGUGGAGCACAGCCGGCGGACGACCAUCCGUCGAAGCGCCGGGCAGACGAGGGUCUGUCGAUAUCCGGUUUCUAUCCCACACCACCUCAAGCACCCCCCUUGCCGGCGGACUAUGCCAAGUUCCGGGGAUUCGGCGAGUUCAUGUGCCACUCCCUGUGCGAUAUGCCGGCGCCCACUGCCUUGCGUCUGGUGCAGAAGUUCACCCGCGAACUGGUCCAGACCUCCAUCCGCAGCGAGGGCAGCGGCGGCAAACGGAAGACCGAUCAGGUCGAUCCGGUGGACCAGAGCAGCGAGUCGCAGGAGGAGGACGAGUAGAUUUUAAGUUGCAAUUUUUAAUUACGGGUAGGGAUAUUGGCACGCGUGUCUACACUUAUGCAUAUAGCAUAUAAUGGCCGCAUCAAUGACAGAUUCGAUUACUCCAUAUAUGUUUUAAUUAUACUCUUUUAAGUCUUCUAGCCUCGCAGUAACGGGGGUGGAAGAUCCAAGCAUUGCAUUUCAUUUAUUAACAUAAUGGAAAAAUACA